GUUCUUGUAUGUAUAUAUGCGAGUAUGUGCACUCAAUGAGUGAGAGAGAGAGAGCGGUUGCUGGAUAACUGUAUUUGAGCAGCAUAAUCUGGACAUUCUACUCGCGCAGCGGCGGCUACUGCGGAUGGACUGAGAUGAAUAAAUAAAGCUGGUGUUGAUUGAGGUGUGUGUUUCUCGCAGAUCUCGGAGCUGUGGCGGAGGGAGGGAUCUUCGGUUUUUGUAAUUUUUCGAUUGGGAACACUUCGAGACUGCUUCUUCGGCUUCCUCAGAUUCGGAUUUGUGUGCUUGAUUUAGUGGCUGCGGUAGAGGAGCUGCUAGUUCAGGACAAAUUUGAUAGACGGAAUUGGAAUUGGAAUUGGAAUCGGAAUCGGAAUCGGAAUCGGUAUGGAUGAUAGAGGCGGAGGAUCGUUCGUGGCGGUGAGGCGGAUUUCGCAGGGGCUCGAUCGAGGAAGCGCCUGCCAUUCCGCAUCUUCUGGAUCUGCUGCUUGGCUUGGCAGGGGAUUCUCCUGCGUUUGUGCUCAAGGACGGCAUAGCGACGCUCGCCAAUCGUUUGAUUUGACGCCUGCACAGGAGGAAUCUCUACAGAGGCUUCAAACUCGAAUAGAUAUUACCUACGAUAGUGCUAUUACUGAGCAUCAGGAAGCGCUAAAGGCAUUGUGGCGUGCUGCCUUUCCCGGGGAAGAAUUUCACGGUCUGAUAUCCGAACAGUGGAAGGAAAUGGGUUGGCAGGGGAAAGAUCCUUCUACAGAUUUUCGGGGUGGAGGUUUCAUAUCGUUGGAAAAUUUGUUAUACUUUGCGAGGAAUUUCCCGACAUCUUUUCAGGAUCUUCUUUGGAAGAAGGAAGGUGAUCGUGCGUUGUGGGAAUAUCCCUUUGCAGUAGCUGGUGUCAACAUCACCUUCAUGCUCAUUCAAAUGCUCGACCUCGAAGCAGUUAUGUGGGAGGAUUCUAAGUUGUUGAAAUCAUUAUACGCAUUCGCAGUGAAGCCGAGAACACUUGCUGGAGCAAAGUUCUUGAAGUUUCUUACCGAAAAUGAAUCGGCAUUUGAUCUUUUGUACUGUAUCUCCUUCAAGUUAAUGGAUCAUCUGUGGCUCGCAAUGCAUGCUUCUUACAUGGACUUCAAUGCUGUGAUGAAAGCUACGCGACAUCAGCUGGAGAGGGAGCUGAUGCAAGAAGACGUAACUCGCCUUGAAGACCUGCCCUCGUACAUCCUUCUUUCCCGGUAGCCAUCAUCAUCAGCAUCUUUUUCUCAGGUUCUAAUCAAUGAAUAGUGAUCCAUCGAUCGAUCAAAUGAACAAACAUAUCCUUGUUUAACUGUGUUAUUAAUUGAAGGAACUGUAAUAUGUAUUCUGGCAACAGACUCAGAGAGGGUAUCCGAUGCCUUUUCAAGCUUCUGUCUGAUA